UGCCACCGCAUGCAGUGGCUUGUCUGUUCCAGUAAAACAAAGAUUGCUGUUAUACAAAAAUAUGAAGACUUUGAUUUUGUAAGAAGAGAAGAGAACGGAAAGUGUGAAUCAUCGCUGACUUACAUUUCGCAAAGAUGAAUCUAAACGAGGAUGACAAAAGCUUUAAGAAUAAGAUCAAGCAGCAUGAAAAUAACAUUACGUUCCUUACUUAUAAAUCAAACCACUUAACUGAAUCUGUACUUGAUUUACAAGUGAGUCUUGGAAGGUACCAUUCAGCUACUGUAAUUUUGUCAGAGAGUAAAAAUGGUUCCUCUCAUACUGAAGAGGAAACAAUGGAACAGAUAUUGAAGAAAGAGAGCUCGGCUGCUGGCAUAUUUUGUUGGUUAAAAGCUAAUGCUCAGACAUCAAAUUUAGCACUUGCAAAGGAUGCUGUCGGUGUUGUGGCAACCCUUGCCAAGGUUGAGAGUGAGGAUCUUAGCAGGAUCCUUUCUGAGUAUUUGGGUUUGGAGACUAUGCUUGCAAUCGUCUGCAGUACUUAUGAAGGUGUUAAUGCAUUAGAGAAGUAUGAUCAAGAAGGCAUGAUAAACUCCAAUGUUGGUUUGCAUGGAAUUGGAGCUUCAAUUGGAAGAAAAAUAAACGGCCGAUUUGUUGUCAUAUGUCUUGAAGAUUUAAGACCAUAUGUUGGAGGUUUUGUAGCCGGCGACCCGCAAAACAAGCUGCAUCUUCCAAAACCAACAUUACCUAAUGGAGAGCGCCCGGAUGGGUUUAUUGAUUAUGCAGUGAACAUGCUCCAUUUGGAAUCAAACAAACUAUCUUUCGUGACUGCCAGUGGGUACGGUCUUAGAGAGACACUGUUUUAUGGCCUUUUUUCUCGCCUACAAGUAUAUAAAACCCGGGAUGAAAUGCUAUUAGCUCUCCCAUGCAUUACUGAUGGAGCCUUGUCAUUAGAUGGUGGGAUGAUUAAGAAAAGUGGUAUAUUUGCUCUUGGUAGCAGGGAAGAUGUAGAGGUGAAGUUUCCAUUAAUUACUGGAGAAUCUGAUGUACCUCUAGACUAUAUAGAAGCUGAAGAUGAGGUGAGGCAGCUGAAGUGGAUAAACUCUAAACUUGCUGCUGAUAUACAUAGAGAGCAGCAAUUGUUGGAGCUUAGAAAGGGCAACUUCACUAGCCAAGCCUGAAAAGUUAUUUAGAGAAAACUUGGAUAAUUUGUUGGUUAGAACUUUGAGUUUUUUCUUGGAAUUUCGUUUGAGAUGCUAACUCUUUAUUUAGUCAUGUCCUAACAAAACAUGGGUGGAUGGAUCAUGGAUUAGCUACUACCGUGCUUGUAGAAUGGUGCUAAAGAAAAGGAAAAAUCAGUGGUGUACGAAA